AUGAGCCGGUCACUUGAGACUUCUUCCCUUAAGAGGAAAAGACCCGAGGUCGAUCCAUUGGGUCUUGUAGAUGCUGAGCGUGCGAUCCUCAAUGCUAUCAAAAAUAAAAAAGAUUUGGGAAUUUGGGUACGAGACAUCAAACAAGAGACAAAGCUCACUGAUCAUGUUGUCAACAAAUCGCUCAAGUCAUUGUUGGCUAGGAAACUGAUAAAAGAGGUUGUAAAUAUCCAAUACAAAGGGAAAAAACACUACAUGGCAGUCGAGUUCGAACCCUCAAAGGAAGUUAGUGGAGGCGUAUGGUAUGUUGAUGGAAAUCUCGACAAAGAGCUUGUUAAUGUUAUGAAACAGUUGUGCUUAAGGUGCAUACGCGUUCAAAAGGUUGCUACUCUCGAGAGAGUUCACGAGCAUUUAAAGAAGCAGCAAGUGGUGAAUUUUGAGAUCUCUAGCCAGCAUGUUUCCGACAUAUUGAACUCGAUGGUUUUAGACAACGAAAUAAUUGAGGUAAAGAGCACUGGACUCGGAGCGUAUUAUUCAAUUCCUAUUGGAACAGUAUGUUACAGAUUUGAUAGCAGUCCCGCCGUAGCGAAGGGUUCAAAACUGGGUGCAUUUGCUUCAAUUCCAUGCGGUGCUUGUCCUCGGAUUAGUCUAUGUACACCCGACGGGGUAAUAUCUCCUAGUACUUGUGUCUACUACACUAAAUGGUUGAAUAUUGAUUUUUGA